AUGGUGUUGGCCACACUCACCUGCUUCUGCCUUCUGCUCGUUUUUCAUCAGUCGCGAGCGAUUGUCGCUCGCCGUUUUCUAUUCAUCGGCGCCACGCUUUACGCUUUUCGUUCUGUUACACUCGUGUUCACUCAGUUACCUCCAGGUUACGAAAACAACGAUGUGCGUUGCCGUGAGCAAGUGAAUAUUACUCUCAGCAUAUUUUUGUCCAGACUCGCUGAGCAAGCGAUUCGAUUAGGACUCCAGGAAAAAACGAAGAUGCUGUGUGGCGAUAUGCUGUUCUCCGGUCACAGUCUGGCUAUGGUGACGAGCGCUCUUUGCAUCGCGUACUACUUACCUACGCGAUGGCGACUCUUCCAGUGGAUUACGCAUUUCUUCACCGCCAUCGGAAUGAUUUGUUUGAUCAUCUCGCGGACUCACUACACCAAUGACGUCUUCAUCGCUUACUGGCUAUCAAAUUUUGUUUUUCGGGCAUACCACGCUUUUUGUGAGGUGGACAUUUUCAUAGAGCGGAGGAAAUCUGUACUCCAUGGAUUGUGGAUGCUUUGGAUUGUCGAAUGGCUCGAAGAUGAUAUUGUACCGGGAAAAGUUGAGAACAAGUUCGAUUUUCCGCUUGAUGGCCUGUUCCGACUGCGUUCUCGAGACAACAGUCAAACAUCAUAA